AGGUUGGAGGAUAGCGGUGGAACGUGGAGGGCUUUGGAGAAGAAAGAAAAGGACAAAGUUGAAGGGAAGUAAACGUCAACCAUAAAGCAGCUACAGUAUGUCAUAUCUCUGUAUUUACAUCGCACAAGACACAGCAUACUGCACAGAGAGUUUUGGAGCUCAGUAAACUCUCAGCAAUGGCAGACCCAGCAAGUUUCAUUGCCAGCUGGUUAACACCCUCUUCUCUCUUCAUCUUCGUCAACCUCGUCAUAGGAACAAUAGCAAUCACUUCUCGCUUCACUCCCAAAAACCACCACCACCACCACCCUCAUCUCGCUCCUUCACCCUCCCUUCUACAACGAGUCAGCUCCUUCAAUCUCACUCACUACUAUACCCAUCAUCACCACCCAGACCCAGAUUUCACUCACCCCCAACUCGUUCCAACACCCUCAUUGUUGCAGCGAGUCAAGUCCUUCAAUCUCUCCUUCCGCAAACACGAACCCACACAUGCAGAAACACACCACCUCCAACCCCAACACGCCCAAUCUACAAACCCGGAACUGGUUCGGACACCCUCCCUGUUGGAUCGCCUCACGUCUUUCGAUCUUUCUCUUAAGAAUCAAGAACCCACGAAUGCACAAACACAACACGCGCAACCCGAACCAGAACCUGAACAGCCGGAACUGGUUCGGAGUCCCUCGCUCUUGCAGCGGCUACAGUCCAUAAACUUGUCGCGUCUGUAUAGAUCGGAGCCCGUACACGGAGAGGAUCCGAGUGGCGGGUCGGGUAAGGCGGAGAUGAGGAAAUCGGCGAGCGAGAGAAGGGGCUCGAUAGAACGCGAAGAGGAAGAGGAGGUGGAGAGACGGAGACCACAAACGGCGAGGGUUGAAGCGACGUCAUGUAGAGAAGACGAAGAGGUGGACGCGAAAGCUGAUGAUUUCAUCAACAGGUUCAAGAAGCAGUUGAGGCUGCAGAGGAUUGACUCUCUUCUCCGUUACAGAGCUGGUAGCGGAUAGAUUAUCCGUGGAAGAACAAUAACAGGGCACAGACGUGACUGAAUCUACGUCGUCGUUUCAUCACCUUUGUUGUUACUUUGUAGUAUUAUUAUUAGUAUAAUACUAGUUUGUAUUAAGAAACCAUGACUUGGUCAGUUUGCCAAAGUUCUUGUUACAAGAUCUUUUUAUUAUUUUA